AUGGCGCAGGCGCUGGACCUGGACGAAAACGCCGUGCACAGUCUGCUGCUGGCAGUGCCCAUUGGCGCUGUCGGCGGCCUGGCGGCGCAGCCGGCGCUGGCCGUCUGCGGCGCGCCCGCCGCCCUCGGCUGGCUGCGCGAGGUGCUCGACCUGCUCUCAGAGGAGAUGUGUGAGCUGGGUCUGCCGGCGGCCGGCCUGGCCAGCCGCCUGCGACUGUACAUCGCGCCGGCGUACGCCUGCUUCCUGCUGGCGCCGGCGCUGCACCAGGGCCAGAGCACGCGUCACGUGCCCGUGCCGCUGGAGGGCGGCCAGCAGUGCACCAAGUGCGGCAAACUGUACUACAACGCCGUGGCCUUCCUGGUCGGACAGCUGAACCAGGUGCUGGCGGACCAGGCAGCCGCGCUGGCGACAGACGAGGAAGGCCCCGACCUGCUGCCGCUGCUGCAGCUGCAGUUGGUGCUCCAGCGACAGCUCCGGCUGUGCCUGCACCAGCUGCACCUGUGGCUGGCGUCGCGCAGUCAGCUGCUGCUCGCCUCCUGGCAGACGUCCGCGUACUUCCUGUUGACGAUGGCCGACCUGCCGCGCUGCCUGCGCCUGCUCGACUCGCUGCAGUCAGCUCCACCGCUGGACUUGGUCCGGUCGCCGAUGCCGGAGCUGCAGGAGGCCGUCAGGGAACGCGCCGACUCAGACCGCCGACUGGAUCACCUCUGUCAGCUGCUGCAGGGGUGUCAGACGGCCAGCCUGUCGUCUGUUUCGGAGGCGUGCCGCAGCACGGCGCUCGCGUCGCUGGACCGCCUGAUGCCGGGCAAGCUGUACUGGCGCCGGCCGGCCAUGGCCGCCUCGCAGCCCAGCGACUACGUCCGGCAGUACAUCGAUGACGUUCUGGAGGAGGUGUUGCGCGCGGUGUGCCAGCUGGGCGGCUCCCUGCAGCUGACGGUCGGCGGCCUGGUGGUGAAGGUCGCCUGCCACAGCUGGAUGGAGUACAUCAUCCAGCACAACAUCAAGUUCAGCGUGGCCGGCGCCCGCCAGCUGGGAGCGUGA